AUGCUCUCCCACUCCGCCCAUCUUUCGGCAUUGCACAAGUAUAUCGUCGAAGUCACCCGUGUGAUUCAGGGAAACACGGACCCCGAGAGGGAGAAGGUGUUUGGACGAAGCCGAGAGGAGAUCAUCAGGUCAGUCCUCGAGGAAGUCAGCAGAGGGAUCCCGUACGCAACAGAGUACAAGAGCCAAGUAAUCUCAUUGAAACCACUAAACGUGCCCAAUGGUUUUGUGGAGAAGAACUACGCAGAACCAGGCAGAGAUUCCUUCCUCUAUCGGGUGACUUUUGAUGGACCGACCAUACUCUUGACAAAUGGUCUCGUCGAAUUUCUCUCGCAGCAGAACGUCACAGUUUCCGACGACAAUUCGUAUUCUCGUUUUGAGGAUCUUAUUGGUGCUCUGGGAGUGAUCUUAGCCCACAGUGCUAGAACUGAUAGGGCUGUUGCCUCUGUUGGUAGGGGAAGCCACUUCCCCCUGAAUCUGGAGAGCCAGAGGGAAGCCAUUGGAAACCCAAGAGUGCUUCAGAUCAUUCGAGGUUACUUCCAAAGCGUACGAGCUGCAACAGACCGCAUUCUGCUGAACGUCAAUGUCACGCAUGGUAUCUUUCGACCUGCGGGAAACCUGCAAACGCUACUUGAGAGGUUUGGACUUCAUCCACGGACCUUGGCAACGGUGAUGACAUCACUCAACCGAGCACGCAUCAAAUGCCGAAUGUAUUCCGACAUGAACGGUAAAUAUACCGAAGUAGAGAAGACCAUUACGGGUUUCGCACAAAGGACGCCGAAUGAUGGCCAGCCACGAAAGUUCAAGGUCUUCAAGGACUAUGGCGGACCUGGAGACGUUCAAUUCUUGCUCGAAGUGCAGAGGAACUCUUCCCAGACGCCCCCUCCUGGCUUGCAAUGGAACCAAUUUGUGUCGGUGAAGGACUAUUACUUGAAGCGAUACGGUCAGAAGCUGAUUGAUCACCUUCCGGUAAUCAACACAGGCACGACGACGAAGCCGAGCUUCUAUCCGGCAGAGUUCUGCGAGAUCAUCCCCGGACAACCCUCUCGGAGCAGGCUUUUGGCCGAUCAGGCUCAAGACAUGAUCCGGUUUGCAUGUCGCUCACCUUUUGCCAACGCGACAUCAAUUUCUACGGUUGGUAGACAGGUGCUCAGGCUUGACUCAAAUCCAGUUCUGCAAAACUUUGGCCUCACAGUGAAUCCUCGGCUUAUCACUGUCCCGGGCCGCGAGUUGACCGCGCCGGCUAUCAAGUACAAUGACGGCAAGCAGGUCACGCCACGUGAAGGCUCCUGGAACAUGAACAAUGUCGAGGUCAUUACCCCAGGGCCACAAAAGAAGAAGUGGACAUGGAUUCACAUUACUCGAUAUCAGCUCCCAGAUGAAUUCGACAACAACAAGGCAAAGAGAAUCACCGCCGAGUGCAUGAGAUUCAUGAUCAAAAACAUGAAGGUCAACCUGCACCCAGAUGCGCUCCACCCAGAUGCUAUGAAGGUUGUCAUUCAGGGCAAUCAUUUGGAUGAUGCUCUCACACCUCUUCAGGAACAACUGCAGAAGGCCAAGGAUAGCAACAUGUUGCCAGAUAUUGCAUUGGUCGUCCUUCCAGACCAGGAGUCUGCUGUCUAUAACGCGGUCAAAUACUUGGCCGAUAUCGAGUUCGGCUUUCACACUGUGUGCAUCGUGAAGAAGACAUUGCUCAAGAGCGAUCACAGGCCAGAGAGCAACAAACCUUACAACCUUAGCACUUUCUCGAAUCUGGCUCUCAAGUUCAACUUGAAGACAGGUGGUGUGAAUCACAGCCUGCAGAGCACUGCAGCGCUGGGCAGAAUCACCUCCGGCACUGUGAUGGUGGUGGGAUACGAUGUCAUUCACCCCACAAACCUGCCGACCGAUGGGGGGGACUUGCCCAGUCAAGUUGGCCUGGUUGCCAGCAUUGACGGACACCUAGGUCAGUGGCCGUGUACCUAUUGGAACCAGCGGGGAAAGACGGAAAUGCUGGAUGACAAGUUGGUGCAAGCGUUUGUGUCACGUCUUGAUUUGUGGCAGAAGCACAAUAGGCAGCGGCUCCCCCAAGAGAUCCUGAUAUUCAGAGAUGGCGUCUCUGAGGGCCAAUUCAAGCAAGUUUUGGACAACGAGCUGCCUAAAAUCCGCAAGGCCAUCGAUUUGAAGUAUAAGGACAUGCAGAAGCCUCGCAUUUCUAUCAUUGUGUCGGUGAAGAGGCAUCACACACGCUUCUACCCAACUACCACCGACCAUAUGGGAAGGUCGCGCAACAUCACGAAUGGUACGGUUGUCGACCGCGGUGUUACUCAGGCCAAAUACUGGGAGUUCUUCUUGACGUCUCACAGCGCCAUCCAAGGAACUGCCAAGCCCGCACGAUACGUUGUCCUCCUUGACGAGAUCUUCCGAGACAGCGUGGGCCUCAGGGCGGCUGACAUUCUGGAGCAGCUCGUGCACCAUAUGAGCUACCUGUUCGGGCGGGCCACCAAGGCAGUCAGCAUCUGUCCUCCGGCCUACUACGCGGACAUCGUCUGCACCCGAGCUCGAGUCCACAUGGCUGCGCUGUUCGACGCUCCCGCCAACGCCAUGACCGCUCAGCAACGCGCGGUGAUUGUGAACCGCCAGGUGCAUGCGAACCUCAGGGACUCGAUGUACUACAUCUAA